AUGUCCUCGACGGCCAGUUAUCCAAUGUUCACAGACGGCCUCGUGGCUGCUGUUGACCUUUCUGCCGGCGCCCUCGAGCCGCCCCCGUUCUUCAACUCUGAAAAAUUGGCCUUCCAGAAAAGGAAAAGACAGCUUCUUUCAUUCAUGGAUCACCGAGACGUUGGGACUGUAAAUGAGCAUCUAGAGCUUGUUGAUGAUCCUUUUCUCAACAGGUAUGCCCAGCCGGAACACGCAAAACUUAUGAUCUCGGACAAAGACGACGAUGCGCGGUGCUUGCCACCGAAUGAAUAUCUUGGCGACAAAACCACUGCGCAAAUUGCACAUUCGUUGGGAAUUAUCCUCAACCGCAGGCUGAGAAAUAAGAAAGGCAGCGUGAACGAAAUAUACGAAACGUACACCGCAUUGCCUGAGCCCCGGAUGAUAUACUUGAAUAAACGGUACCGCCACCGUUUACUCAAGGUAUGCGGCAGAGAGUCAAGAAAGGGAAUCAAAGAAAUGCUGCGAUACUUCUCGCUCAUAGAGGAUCUCAAGGACUGCGGCAUAAGCAUCCGGCGCAACGAAUGGAAUUAUGCUCUCGCUGCUGCCACCAAAUUUGUUGGUAAAACCACCGAGGCGGAGGCAGAGUUUGCUCUUCAGCUGUGGAAGGAAAUGGAGGUCCACAAGCGCGCCACGCCCAACUCCGUCACGUUUAACAUUCUCUUCGAUGCUGCGUCAAAGUCCGGCAAUUACACAUUGGCCGAUAUGCUGUACAAGGAGAUGAAGGCACGAGGCAUCCCGUUCAACCGAUACCAUUACGUGAGCCUCAUUCAUUUUUUCGGGCUCCAGGAGGAUGCCGACGGCGUCCGGGCGGUCUACAAGGAGAUGGUGCAAGCUGGAGAAACGGUCGACACGGUGGUGUUGAAUUGCAUCAUCUUCGGCUUUCUUAGAUGUGGCGAAGACAAGGCGGUGCUGCGGGUUUACGAAUACAUGAAAGAGACUCGCUCGAAACAUGUCUUUGAAAAGCCAAGCACGACAGAAGUCGACGUUCAGCGCCAGCAGCAAAUCGCAGACGUCACACCUGAUUUCCGGACAUUUCGCAUCCUCAUCAAUUACUUCGGCGCCCAGAGAGGCGACCUUGCCCAGGUCGCCAUCUUUCUCAAUGAGAUGAAGGCGUUCAACAUACCGAUGCAUGGUAGCAUCUUCUUGGCCCUUUUCCAAGGGUUCAUGCGGUAUGGAAACGUUAUAUUCACCGAGUGGACACCCGCCCGGUUAGAGAACAUUCUGUCUGCACUGCUGCAGGCGCUUGAUAACCAAGUCCAGGGUCUCUAUCUUGAUACCUGGCUCAUGAUGUGGGCGCUCCGGGCUUUCAUGAAAUGUACAAACAAGGAAAGAACAAUGGAAGUGUACGAAGAGUUUGGGAAGCGGUGGAAUCUGGCGACCGACAAGGUGGAUCACAUGGAGAGUUAUGUGGCGAGGCUUUUUGACGACAAGGACCCGACGCCCUCCCUGAAGGACAUGCCCCAGGCGGUCAGACAGCGACAGCCUGUGUAA